UAUAUAAUAGAGAGAAGUUGCCAAGGGUAGGGACUGGAUCUGUAUAUCUAAGAUAGGAAUCAAUAAUGACUUCCAUUGAGGAAGAGGAGCCAAAAACCCAAGCUUUGAGAUCGCAUAAACAAGUGAAUCACAAGAGUCUCCUCCAAAGCGAUGCUCUUUAUCAGUAUAUACUGGAAACCAGUGUUUAUCCAAAAGAGCAUGAAUGCUUAAAGGAGCUGCGACACUUAACGGGAAAACACCCUUGGAGCUUGCUUUCUGUGCCUGCUGACGAAGGUCAAUUUCUGAACUUGUUGCUGAAACUCAUGAAUGCGAAGAACACUAUUGAAAUAGGUGUCUUCACUGGUUACUCUCUGCUCGCCACCGCUCUUGCCCUUCCCGAUGAUGGAAAGGUCCCACAAUAUAUAUAUAUAUAUAUAUAUAGGUUUCCGUACGAUGAUUGUCUCUUUUCUUUUAAUUUCCUUAAUUAUUACCACAAGACAAUGACCUUAGUGUAUUUAAUAUCUGAUUUUCAGAUAUUGGCUUUGGACGUGAACCGCGCAGAUUAUGAGUUUGGGUUGCCUGUGAUUGAAAAAGCAGGUGUUGCUCACAAGAUUGACUUCAGAGAAGGACCUGCUCUCCCAGUUCUUGACCAGUUGCUGACAGAUGAAAAUAAUAAAGGAGCGUUCGAUUUCAUAUUUGUGGACGCGGAUAAGGAAAAUUACUUGACCUACCACAAGAGGGCGAUUGAGCUGGUCAAGGUUGGGGGACUGAUCGGCUACGACAACACUCUAUGGAAUGGAUCUGUUGCAGAUCCACCAGAAGUACCUCAGCCGGAUUACAUCAAGAAAUGUCUUGGCUUUGUGUUGGAGCUCAACAAGGCCUUGUCCCUUGACUCUAGGAUUGAGAUUUGUCAACUUCCUAUUGGUGAUGGCAUUACCCUGUGCCGCCGCACCAUCUAAUCACUACUUUUCAAUUAUAAUUGCGUUAUAUCCUCUACUUGUCAACUUCCUAAUGGUGAUGUCAAAUGUUCUUAAACUCA